CAGAAUCAAAACAUGAAUGAAAAUGAUAAAAGCAACAUCUCCAAUUCUGAGCUGAUACUGCAAGAAAUAUUAAAGAAUUGUCUUCAAAUAAACGAAGAAGUUACACCAAUAAACUGGGAAACAAUAUCCAGGUUAAUUCCCCAUACAACUCCAUGUGAGUGUGAAGCAAAGUUUAAAAUAAUGAAAAGUAAAUAUACCAAACAACAUUUAACAAACAACGACUUCAAUGUAAAGAAACAGUUCCCUGGAACAUCUGAAAGUACUUCUCAUGCUGGGGGGGUUUAUGAAUACUUAUGUGCGUCACUGUCAAGUGAGAUGAAAGAGAAUCGGGCCAGUGGUAGUUCUAAGCAAUACAAACCAUCACAGCAUGAUAGAAAUGCUCCAGAAGUUGAAAGGUUUUUAGAUUCGACACCUGACCCUGUUAUAAGCAAAGACCAAGGCCCUAGCAUGGUGAUACAUGUAUGUGAUGAGGCCAAAAAUUUAAAGCAAGAUUUCAACUGUCCGAGGGACUUACUGGUACAGGAGAUGCAAUAUUUUGCAGAGUAUUUAUCAUUUGAGUCGCAACGUUUAGAAGAGGUUGAUAUUUCUGUUCAUUGCGACAUCCAUAUUUUCGAUUGGUUAAUGAGGUAUGUAAAGCGGGGGACUUCCCUAAUUGAAGAAUACGAGUUACCGAAGCUAGAACCCAGUAAUGUUAUCUCUAUCCUAAUUUCUUCUGAUUUUCUAAAAAUGGAUUCCCUGGUGAAGGAAUGCGUGAAUUACUGUCAAGAAAACAUGUCAGCCAUCGUGGCAACACCUUGUAAUAUGAAUUGUGUGAACGACCGCCUUACGUCGCAAAUCGCUGCCAAGUUUUCCCAUUCAGAACUGGAAGACGUAAAGGAUAGAAAAGAUAAAUUUAAAAGCAAACUUUUCUGUAAAAAAAUUGAGAAGCUUUUCGACCCAAAUGUAAAAGAUGAGGAUUCAGUUGGAAAAGCUUGUUAUCUUUUUAAAUGCUCAGUUUGUGAGAGGGUUAUGACCAAACAACAAAGUCCUUACAUGGCAUGCUCUAAUAACAGGUUGACUGUUGAUAAACAUGGUGGAAUGACGUUUAAACAUUCGCCCGAUUUAUCUUGGGAUAUAAACGCUUACCUGGUCAGUUUAUAUGACGAACUACGCAAGUGGAACUUGGUUUACUGGAGAUUAUGGGGUUUAGUGAACCAUUUAAAAUGCUCACGCUGCAGCCAGACUUUUCAGCUUUGUGAAUUUGGGCAUUGCAGAUACCAUACUGAACGUGCACAGUUUCAAAACUUAGCUGGAGAUGGGUCAGAUUACCCAAUAGGGGUUUACUUAUGUUGCAACCAAACAGUGUUAAGGUUUGACCCCACCGGCCUCAACAAGGGCUGCCAUGUUCGUGACCAUGUCGUCACAACAACUGACUCAAAUCAUAGGAAAUGUUUAGACGAUAUGCUAUCCCAUAAAGCAUUGAUAAAAAUCCCAUACAAGCCUAACGACAGCAAUACAGACUUAAACAUCUUUUCAGCUGAAGAGACGCAGUGCAGCAUCAAAGAAACAACUUCGACUCCACUUUCGAUAUCAACCCCAGCACCUGUACAACUUAGCCCAACAACUUCGAAAACUUUCCAAAGUUCAUUACAAGGCGCCCCUGAUUCAACAGAGGAGGACACAAUUGAUGACGAGACAAUGAUGAAACAGAUGUUUGUUGCACCACAGAAGUCAGUUAUGAUGUCACAGUUGCCCUCUGUUCCAAGGUCUCAAAGUUAUUCUGCUGGUAGCAUCGUAGAAAAGCUGGCCCCUAAGCGCAAAGAGAAAAUCCAGAUUCCUACCGAUAUCACAGCUUAUGCAAAGUUUCCAAGCAAACAGAAAUGGGAUACGGCUCGAUCGAUAAGAUGGAACCAGGACACUCAACGUGAAGAAGAUCGCCGUCGCUUCCACACGAUGGCCUCGCAGCUCCCUAAACAACGAAGCGGAGAGAAAUCAGAGAAAACGAAAACUAAGGAUUUGAGGGGGUUGCCUGGUGGGAUAUUCACAAAAUUGGAAGUUGCGUUUUUUAACAAUCUUAGAACGACAAACGCAAAUCAAGGUCAAGGAAAGCAAGGGAACCUAAAAGAUUUUAAAACAAGAGGGAGAAGGUGAAGAAAGUAUACCUUUGGAAAUUUAGUUUCUAACGUUACAGUUCACAACUACCAACUUUCUUAAUAACCAACAUUUUUUAACUUCAGACAUCACUGAAGGCUUUUGGUUUAACAAACAAAAAAAUUGAAUUGGGAAAACUAGCAAUGGGCCAAUAUUUAUGACACAAUUUUCUUCAUUUGAAACGAUUGGUUUAUAAUUUAACAUCACUAAAAAUAGUUUAGUUUUUAAACCACAAUAUUUAAAACAAAGUCAAGAACCCAUAAACCAUUAUUAAUUGUUUAAAACACGAUCAGAAUAUUUAAAUAUUAUGUGCUAAAAGUGUCCCGUCUUCCCCGCAGUAAUAUAGCCUACCUUCAAAUUAUACAUGAUCUCUGUAAGUAAAGUGUCAAGUUUGUAUUGAAACAGGUAGGAAUAUCCAUUUCUUAUUCACGUGAGAGAAAUAUCUUGUGAUAGAUAUUUGUAUUACACAUUUUAAGCUGAGGUUAACCACUGUAAUUUCACUUGUGUAUAAAUAAUUUAUUUAACCUUUACAGUGCAAAACUGUUUUUCAACCUUUUUAACCGAAAACAAACAAAAACGCGCUAUAUUACAGAUAUCUAACUAGUGUUAGAACCAAACAGUGUUUCAGCUGAUAUAAUUUUGUUUUUAACAUUAAGACAUGUUACCUGUGUCCACUUACACCCAAGGGAAAGCCUAAUAUACCAUACGCAUACAAAAUGGCUCCUUGGCAUAAAAAUAGAUCCAAUUUGAAUAUUAAACCAUUCCCAGCAAAAUAUAUAUCUCCUAAACCUCUACCCUACAAUCCUCAUUAUUUAGAUUAAAAUACAAAGCCUCACAAACAAAAUACAUUUUUUGUAUUGACUUUUAUUGCAAUAAUAAGUGCACUGGUUAAUUACCAACUUUAACUACUAAGCCAUUCUACACACUACUAUCAUGGUAGGUUCAUUGGCUAUUUUGAAGUGUCUUAUCCAAACUUGUUAAAACACAAAUGAUAAAACAACUGUUGCAUUCCUAACAAAAGUAAUAUAAGUCAUAUUUUCUAAAAA